AACACUCAAACACUCAAACACUGUACGUGCGUCUUCAAUCAUCUGGUUUCCUUAGCUAUCUUUGCAUUCUCUGCUCUCUCAUCUCUGUCUCGCGCGAGUAUGGAAGCUGGAAAGGUGUUAGAAGUUCUCUAUACUUUUCCUGUCGAGGGAAUACUGAACAAGCUGGCUUCACUUGCUGCUCGAGAAAUAAGUCUGUUCCGGGGAUUCAAAAAGAAACUAACAAAGCUUCGUCAAUCGUUACUCGAGAUUCAAGAGUUCUUAGGCGAUGUUGCCCACCAGCCACAGCAACGGGGCAAGGCAGUGGAGGACUGGGUGAGGAAACUGAAGGACAUAGCUGAUGAUGCUGACAAUGUCUUGGAUGAAAUCAACUAUGAAGAUCUCCGCAGGCAAGUAGAACUGCCAAACCAAAAGAGGAAAAAGCUAAGCAAAUUCCUUUCAAACUCCUGGUUUCGUCGAAACAUGGCACAUAAAAUCAAGGACAUCAAGGACUCUUUGGUAUAUCUCAAAUCUGAGGCAUCUUUCAUUGGACUAGUUGCCAAGAAAAUAGAUGCAACCCCUCGAGGGAUUGCAGGGGAUAGAGAAACCAACUCAUUCUUUGAUGAAGAUGAAAUCGUGGUUGGAAGGAAGGAGGAUCUGUCAAAGAUAAUUACAAUCUUGACUAACUCCAACUUGGAUCAAGAAAAUCUUUCAGUAAUGCCCAUUGUAGGAAUGGGAGGCCUAGGGAAGACAACUUUGGCUAAGUCAGUAUUCAAUGAUGAUUCUAUUGGUAGACAUUUUGAUAAAAAAAUAUGGGUAUGUGUAUCUAACACUUUUCAGGUCAAUUCGAUUUUAAGUUGGAUAUUAGAAUAUCUUAACCCAACAAAGGCUGGGAUACAACGCCAAGAUGCAUUGCUUCAAAACCUAGUAGAAGAAUUGAAAGAGAAGAGAUAUUUUCUCGUGCUUGAUGACGUCUGGAACGAAGAUCCUCAAAAAUGGAGCAAAUUGAUGACUUGUGUGUCAAAACUUCAUAGUGCCCAGGGAAGCGUCGUUAUUGUCACUACGCGCAGUGCCAGUGUUGCAUCAAUCACGAAAAAAGUACUUCCAAUGUAUGUUUUGGGAGGUCUAUCUCUUGAUGAUUGUUGGGACAUAUUGAAGAAAAGAGCAUUUCCGUAUGGUAAUGCUCCUACUGCAAAAGAUCUAGAAACAAUUGGAAAGGAUAUUGCCAUAAAGUGUGCUGGUAUACCGUUAACGGCAAAGGUUUUGGGAAGCAUGUUGCGUUCUAAAUAUAGUAUCGAUGAAUGGUUGGAAAUUCAAAACAGUAGGAUAUGGGAAUUACCAGAAGGAGAUGAAAGAAUUAUCUCGGUUUUGAAGUUGAGUUUUGAUAAUUUGAAAUCACCUUCUUUGAAACAGUGUUUUGCAUAUUUGUCAAAGUUCAAGAAAGAUUUUGAAAUGGAAAGAGAAGACUUGAUCCAGCUAUGGAUGGCUCAAGGAUUUCUCUGUUCUUCUCCUAACAAAGAUAUGGAGGAUAUAGGUCAUGAAUAUUUUGCAAUUCUGUCGCAAAACUCCCUCUUUCAAGAAGUUGAAAGAAGCUAUCCCCACUUUGGUAUAUUUAUUAAAUGCAAGAUGCACGAUCUUGUACAUGAUCUUGCUAAGCUUGUAUCAAGAUCUGAAAUGGAAGAUAAACUUGAGAAUCAACACGUGGCAUGGGAUCGUUCUAAAAGUUCUGAAAGAAAUGCUGAGAAACGGCGAUCACUGUUUGUGAAUGGUGAUCAAGCCCUUAGUAAUAAUACAUCACUUAUAAGCUUUAAGGCUUUGCGUGUUUUAAAUUUGUACAGGGCUGAUAUUGAGGAGCUGCCAAGUUCAAUUGGCGUCUUGAUACAUUUGAGGUAUUUGAACGUUUCUCGAACAAAAAUCAAAGAACUCCCGAAGUCUAUUGGCAAGCUUUAUAACCUACAAACGUUAAGAAUGGAGGAUACAUGGAAUCUUGAAACGUUUCCAAAGGAAAUGGAAAAUUUGAUCAACUUGAGGCAUGUUUAUUUCCAUCGUCGUGAUGAGGCAGUUUCAUUUGGGAUGGGACGAUUGAAACAUCUGCAAACAAUAUCUCCUUUUUUUACUUUGGACAAGGAAAGUAAUCGUAGAAUUGACGAGCUGGGUGGCUUAAACCAAUUAAAAGGUGAACUAAUUAUUAGUGGUUUGGAACAUGUGAGGGACGGAGGCCAAGCAAGGGCAUCAAAUUUAGUUGGGAAAGCAAAUCUACGAAGGUUGACAUUAGAAUGGGGGGAGUAUGACGAGGAAAGAAAAGAGAAAGACAAUGAUGUACUGGAAGGCCUCCGACUCAACUCUGAGUUAGAAUUCUUAAAGAUUGACAAAUUCAUGGGUUCUAAAUUAGCAUCAUGGAUGAUGAGUGGUUUGUUGCCACUGAAUUUGACAGAGAUUCGGUUAAUGAGAUGCAUAGAAUGCGAACAAGUCCCGUCACUUGGCCAUUUACCAAAUCUUAGGCUUGUUGAGUUCAGUGAAAUGUCAGAGCUUAAAUGUGUGGGAGUUGAGUUUUAUGGUUAUAACCAUGUUAACGGUGCGGCGAAGAAGAAAGAGACUUUGUUUCCAGCAUUGAAAAGCUUAACUAUUUAUUAUUGCCCAGCUCUAAUUAAAUGGGAGGAACUGCCACCAACAGAUGAGAAAGUAGCGGUGUUUCCCCGCCUUGAGGAGUUGACUAUAGAGUCUUGCGACAGUCUCGAGUUCAUUCCAAUUACCCUGGGCAAGGGGAAGGGAAUGCCAUGCCUCCGCAAAUUGCAGAUUGAGGAUUGUGAGAAAUUAUCAAGCUUGCCGACUAGCUUAGAAUAUUGCAUCUCUCUUCAGGAGUUGAGUAUCAAGGAAUGUGAUGGAUUGACAAGUCUACCGAGUGGGCUACCAUCCUGCACAUCUCUUAAGAAGUUGAGAAUCGCGUCAUGCCACAAUUUGAUAUCUCUGGCACAUCUCGAUGUAUCCAGGUUGCAGUCUCUUUCAUCUUUAGAAAUAUUUUAUUGUUUGAAAUUAAAAUAUUUGUCAUUGGAGGGGCUACGCUCUCUUACGCGUUUAGAAUCUAUGAAAAUUGGUGCGUUUUCGGAGGAGCUCGAUUCUUUCCCUGAUUUUGAGCUUCCAUCACAAAUCCAAACUCUAGAGAUCGAAGGGUGGCCUAAGCUCAAGUCUCUACCUCAACAACAAAUUCAGCACUGCACUUGUCUACAAGUAGUGUCCAUAGUCUCUUUCGACAGCGUGGAGGCUCUUCCAGAGUGGUUGGGUAACCUUACAUCUCUUACCACCCUGAGUAUCCGUCGGUGUAAAAAUCUGGUGUCUCUUCCUGCCGUUGAAGUUAUGCAACGCCUCACCAAACUAAAAAAGCUAGUGAUUGAUACAUGUCCCCGUCUAGGGGGAAUAUCCACCCUCAAGAGCGGCCCAGAAUGGCACAAGAUUUCUCACAUCCCACGUAUAGAUGUUUCCAGAUGAGAAUCAUCGGAAUCUUUUUAGUGAUGAUGAUUCGACCAAUGCAACCCCUUCACAAAUUAGCUAGCACAGUUGGCGCACAAAGUGAGUCUACUCUUCUUCUCUCAUCAGAUUAAUCGUUAAACUAGAUUCUUUUCCAGAGGGGAUGAGGAUGUGCAUGAGGUAGGUGAAGGUGUUCAUCAGAUGGAUUUGUGAAGCUGAUCAACGACGAUGUGUCAUGGCAAGCACAAACUGAUAAGGAUGAAAUAUGGUGGUUUGCAGGAAUCAUGGGAUAAUAUUGAUACAGACCAUUAUGUGUUGGUUGCCAGUGGUAGUAAUCUUGUAUGAGCUAGUUCUUUGCUUGUUAUGGCUGAAGAUCACAGGGUAGCCAAAGCUCAAGUCUCUACCUCAAC